UCAGCAUUUGCGUCUGCGUGUGAGUGAAUACUCGAAUCCUCGAAUACACGCAUACACGCAUACCUACACCAUCACCCGCCUCUGGCUCCAGUUUUGCCAUAUUCCUCUACCAAUUGAUGACCACUCGUGCCGCUUCUGUCCAAUCCACUCCUCUCCUGCUCGCUGUGGCGUACAUUGCGACUAUUCACAGACGAAGAGCCUGUAGCCUGCUCACCUAACCCCCUGUAGCGUGAGGUGAUUCGCGUCAUUGAUCGCUCUAUACCACUCACUCUUGCCCGCCUCUCUGACAUCCCUCUCCUGCAACACCACACCCCACCACAAACAUCAUGAAGUUGCUCGCAGUACUCACAGCAGCGUCGCUAUCUACCGCACUGGUCCUUCCGGACGAGAAGGUUCUGGCCGAGAUCCAGAUCGAGGACCAUCACCAACCCGAACGUCUCGAGGAGAUUGGCGACUACUGGCAUUCGUUCAAGAGCAAUGCCGGAGAGUUCCUGGACCGCUCAAAGAGUGCCAUCGACGAGGCGUUUGAUGUCGUCGUUGAGACUGGCAAGACCGCGUAUGAGAAGAUAUACGACACCGGCUACGAUGUAGAGUCUUGGCUGGAGAGCUAUGUCGAGAGCGACGACCCGUUUGACGUCUUUGGCGAGCAUCCACCACCGCCUCCUGAUGGUAAACACCCUGGACCUCCUGGAAAAGGCCAUCAUGGCAAGCCGCCUCACCAUGGCAAACCUCCUCACCACGGAAAGCCGCACCACCCAAAGUCGAACCUCACCGUGUAUGAAUUGAUCGCCAAGAGCAAGUACACCACCAAGUUGGCAAAACUGAUCGACGAGGACAAGGACUUGGUCAAGAUCCUGAACGGCACUGCUGCAAACUAUACCGUCUUUGCUCCCACGGACAAAGCGUUCGAGAAGAUUCCCAAACACCACACGCCAUCCAAAGAGUUCAUCAAGGCCCUCCUGACGUACCACAUCUCCCCCGUCUUCUACCCAGCCGGCCGUGUCCUCACCGCACACACCAUCCCAACCCUCCUACAAUCCUCCUUCCUCGGCGCCGGCAACCUCCCCCAGCGCCUCUCCGUCAGCAUCGGCCUCCGCGGCGUCACCCUCAACUUCUACGCCCACGUCAUCGCCAUCAACAUCUUCGGCACAAACGGCGUCAUCCACGCCCUCGACAGCAUCAUCCUCCCACCCCCCAAGAUCGCCGACAUCAUCCAAUUCCUCCCCUCCGAAUUCAGCACCCUCACCCUCGCCCUCACCAAGACCGGCCUGCUCGACAAGCUCAACACCACCACCCCCCACACCGGCACCACCCUCUUCGCCCCCUCAAACUGGGCCUUCACCAAGCUCGGCCCCCGCAUCAACGCCUUCCUCUUCAGCAAAUACGGCGAGAAAUACCUCGCCGCCCUGCUCGAGUACCACGUCGCGCCCAACAACACCCUCUACUCCGACGCCUUCUACCGCGCCAAAAUGGACAAGAAAUCCGACCUCGUCUUCCCCUUCUCCGCCCUCGACCCCACCGCCUUCCACGUCGACCUGCCCACCCUGCUCGAGGACCGCAGUCUGAGCGUCGACGUGGGCAAGUACGGCCCGUUUACCGAGAUCAAGAUUAAUGGCUUCUCGCGCGUGACGGUCAAGGAUGGCGUUGCGAGGGACGGCGUCAUUCAGGUUGUGGGUAAUGUGCUUGUGCCGCCGCGGAAGUUGGGCGGUGGGCAGGUGCAGUUUUGGGCUGGCGAGGAGAUGGGUGUGGAGGAGUUUAGGGAGCGGUUGGAGCCGUUUGUUGGGCGUGAGGGCGGGCAUGGGGAGAUGUGAGGUGGUUUGGUUUGGAGAUUGGGGAUUGGGGGGUUGGCAAAUGUGGUGUUGUUGUUGUUGUUGUGAUGUAGUUGGAACGUACAGCGUACGGAGGUUUCUUUGGGCAUGUAAAUUGUAUAACGCUCAGAUUUAUCACUCUUUGCAUGUCGCGAUGCGCUCGUUAGCCAUGUAUACUUUGAUGCCCCAUUUACAUCCUCCACAUCAGCAGCAUUCUCUACCC